CCACUGUACUGUGUCCAGAAACAGAAUGAGUGGUCUCCGCUCUUUCAAAUCCAAAUCAAACACAAUCCUAUGUGGUCUCAUUGGAUCCACUCAACUCAAUACAUAACUGCAGUACCCAUUUAACGCAAAUUUAUAAUCUCAAACACCCUUUGAGCCACUAAUUAUUUUAAACUCAUAUUUUGACAACAAACCCAGUUCUAUAUUUUUGGAUAAUUGAAAGUUUUGCCAAUAAAGAGUGAUUCUUUUGAGUGUCAUCUUGGUUGGGUGGUCAGACAAAUGAUGUCAGUGACAUGUCAGAGACUAGAUUUUGGGAGGAGUGUACUUGAUUUAGCAGCUUGUGGGUGUUCUUCAAAUGCUUCAGUAGAUAGAUAUUCAGUCAAGAAUAGUGCAAAGUCAGCAGUUUUCAGGAGCUGCCAUGGAGACUAUGCUGCUAGAAGAGACACUGCAAGAUGUAGAGUUUCCUCUACCAAGACCCCUGACACUAUGCUUAAUGAUACAGGAUUGUCUCAAGGUCCUGCAACACUGUUGAAUUUGAAGAAGUCAAGAGGCCAAGUAAUAGUGAAAAACUUGUUUGACAUGGUUGCUGAUGAUCUCCGGACUCUCAACCAAAACCUCCGGUUGAUUGUGGGUGCAGAAAAUCCAGUUUUAAUGUCAGCAGCUGAGCAGAUAUUUGGUGCUGGUGGAAAGAGGAUGCGCCCGGCUUUAGUAUUUCUAGUAGCAAGAGCCACAGCAGAAGUAGCAGGGUUAAAGGAACUUACACAAAAGCAUCGGCGUUUAGCAGAGAUCAUCGAAAUGAUUCAUACUGCAAGCUUAAUACAUGAUGAUGUGUUGGAUGAAAGUGACAUGCGGAGAGGAAAGGAAACAAUUCAUCAACUGUAUGGCACAAGGGUGGCAAUACUGGCCGGGGACUUCAUGUUUGCUCAAUCCUCAUGGUACCUAGCAAAUCUUGAGAACAUUGAAGUCAUAAAGCUUAUCAGCCAGGUUAUUAAGGAUUUUGCAAGUGGUGAAAUAAAGCAGGCAUCUAGUUUGUUCGACUGUGAUGUUGAAUUAGAGGAAUAUUUGGUGAAGAGCUAUUAUAAAACUGCCUCUUUAAUAGCUGCUAGUACUAAAGGAGCAGCUAUUUUUAGUGGGGUGCACAGUAACAUUUCUGAACAAAUGUAUGAAUAUGGAAGGAAUCUCGGGCUAUCAUUUCAGGUCGUUGAUGACAUACUUGAUUUUACUCAGUCCGCUGAGCAGCUAGGGAAGCCCGCAGGCAGUGACAUGGCAAAAGGGAAUCUGACUGCACCCGUUAUCUUCGCUCUAGAGAAAGAGUCUAAACUCAGAGAACUUAUCGAGUCAGAAUUUUGCGAAACUGGUUCGCUCGAUGAAGCUAUUGAGUUAGUGAAGCAGUGCGGGGGAUUGGAAAGAGCGCGAGAACUAGCAAAAGAGAAAGCUGAUCUUGCAAUUCAGAAUCUAAAUUGUCUGCCUCAAGGUGCAUUUCGAUCAGCUCUAGAGGAAAUGGUAAUAUAUAAUCUCGAACGGGUUGACUAGUUCAUAUAUAUCAUUUAAAGGGAAACAAAUAAUCGGCAAGCUUUACGAUGAAUCCCCUAACGAAGAGAAGCUGCCUGGACACUUGUAUAUUUGAUUAAAGUAUUGAGCUACAUUGAGCUCAAAUAUAUUGUUUAUAUACACUUACAAGUUUGACAUACAUUGCUAUAGGAAAAGGGUUGUCAUUUUUCUAUGAUACAAAUUGGAGAAAAUUAUCCGGACAACCUUCACAUAUAGCUAAUUCACAAUUUUAUUAUUCGUAUUGGAAAAUAAAACGAUAUGGUUUUUUAUUGUUA